GAUACUCGUAAUUCGUGGAAGGCGCAGUCGGAAUGGCCUCUUCCGUCUUCAGGAAAAAGUGCGCUUUCAAAUACAGAGCCCUCGCGUCCCGUGAAAGUGUGCGUUUUGGUGGGUGAAAGUUUUGACUGAGCGAUGACGAGAUCGACGACCGUGCGGGUCGUCUUGACGGAUUUUUAUGAUUACUCGUUAUGGGAUGCCGUUUCCUCGAACAGCAGCGAAAUCGACUUGGAGACGACGAGCACGAGUCCCGCCGGAAGUCAGAGCAACACAGAAGAGCUCAACAAUUGGUGGGCAAUGCUGGCGCUCGUCUUGGUUUUGGGAACAGCCGCAGGGAAUAUCCUAGUAUGCCUAGCGAUCGCUUGGGAACGACGGCUGCAAAAUGUUACUAAUUAUUUCUUGAUGAGCUUGGCCAUCACGGAUCUUAUGGUCGCUAUCUUGGUGAUGCCACUAGGGAUCCUUACACUCGUUCGAGGAUACUUCCCGCUGCCGUCGGUUUAUUGCCUCGCCUGGAUUUGCCUCGACGUGCUAUUCUGCACCGCCAGCAUAAUGCAUUUGUGCACGAUAAGCGUGGAUCGCUAUCUAAGCCUGCGCUACCCGAUGAAAUUUGGGCGCAACAAGACGAAGAAAAGAGUGACGCUGAAGAUCACCUUCGUCUGGAUCCUCAGCAUCGCGAUCAGUUUACCUCUGAGCUUGAUGUACUCGAAGGAAGAUGAUUCGGUAUUGGUGGACGGAGCCUGCCAGAUUCCCGAUCCCCUCUAUAAAUUAAUUGGCAGUAUAAUCUGCUUCUAUAUCCCGCUAGGAGUAAUGUUGUUAACGUAUGCGUUGACAGUAAGAUUAUUGGCGGAACAACAACAAAAUAUCGGAGGGACUGGAGCAGGUUGGUCAUCGGGGUGGUUGGGAGCCCCUCAAGGUGCCUCUCAAGGUUCAUCCAUGACAGGGCUCGAGCGACGGGGCACCUGGAAGAGAUACCUCUUGAACAAGGGUUCGGGCGGUAGCGGCGGCACGCCGCAACACACCUCCGGCACGUCGACCGACACCGAGCUGACCACCCUCGACACCCACGAGCUCUGGCUGCAGGAGAGCGAGCCACCACCCUCGGCCAUGUCCGCCCUUCAUGCCUUCGGCGCGGAGAUGCUCAAGUUGUCGAGGGGUCUCGAGGGGAUGGCCGGCAGCUCCGGCAAUCAAACCCCAUCAAAAUUGACAGCUAGCCCAACACCACAGCAUCAUCAGCAGCAGCAGCAGCAGCAGCAGCAGCAGCAGCAGCAACUGCUGCAACUGCAGCAACACGGUCCCUCACUACGCAGAUGCAGCUUCCGCAACGGAAGUGCAGAGAGCACGGAGAGUAGCAUGUCCUGCUCGAGAACGAGCAUAUCGACGGAAGAAUUCGCGAGUCCUUGGAAGCAUCGGAGACGAGCGUCGACCUACAACGAAGCGCAUUUGGAGAGGUCGAUGCAGAUUCUGGGUUCGCCCAAAACUCCUAGAAAAAGGUCUUUUAGCUUUCACGAGCAGUCGUCCUGUCGCAAAGGCGAGGACGAUUCGAUGCGCAAGAAGUUUCACGAUAAAGCACCGGAAGGACCAAUAACGUUACCGCCACCCUGCACGUGUCCCUAUUUCGGGGAAUCUUCGAAGAAACCGCCACCGUCAGGCGAGAUCGUCAUCGUUUCCAGCGACACUAUGAAGCCUAUUAGUAACAAACACCUGGAAACAAAUAUUCCUAUAUUCCUUUCGAGUGAUACCACGAAAACCAUUGGCAACAAGGGUCCGGAAAUGGGCUUAUUGGGUAGACACAACAGCGCUAGAUCUACGGAGGAUGCUAAAGGUUACGAGCAGCUGACCCCCGCGAAUUCCGUGGUCACGUGGCGAAGUGGAAGGCGAGGUUCCAGCCUGAGCAGCACCAGGACUCUGCUGUCCGCUAGUACGAGAGCAACGCCGUUGCGACGCGCGGCGACGAUGCGAGCGCACAACGGAGCGAUGGGCACAGCAAAUACGACCUUGAACCAGAGCAAUCCGUCGUCGCCGAACCUGUUCAGGUACUCGGGUGGUCAGGUGCGCAGCCAUCACUCGCGCAACAGCAGCGUGAUCUCGCGCAACAGUUCCCGCCACGGUAGGAUCAUCCGGCUGGAGCAGAAGGCGACCAAGGUCCUCGGCGUGGUGUUUUUCACGUUCGUGAUCCUGUGGGCACCGUUCUUCGUGCUGAACCUAGUACCGGCCAUAUGUCCCGACUGCGAGCGCCGUAUCGACCGCAAGAUUUUCGACCUGGUCACCUGGCUCGGCUAUGCCAGCUCCAUGGUCAAUCCGAUCUUCUAUACCAUCUUCAACAAGGUCUUCCGCCAGGCGUUCAAGAAGGUGCUGCUCUGCAGGUAUCGGAAUCAAGAGUGGCGACCGCCCAGGUAGGCUCUGGGCCCCGGGAGACCGGGGAUCGCCAUCAGCAGGGUGUAAACGAUGGGAAUGGAAGACCGAUGCGCGAAUCGAUAUCGAUGAGAACGGUGAAAGUCAGAGAGACAUUCCGAGCAAAACUCAUCAAAUGGUGCUAUUCUACUCGCGCGAUUCGCUUGUUUCGAGGAACGUAACGACGGCCUGAGUAGCUCGUGUUCUUAGUACGUAUGUGCGUGUGUAUGGAUAACAUUGCCGAUUGUUGACGGACAAAAUUUUAAGUCCUCUAUCAAAUCUUCCUAUUAGCGACUCCUGUUAACGUUUCGUAUCCAAGAAUUAUUUUG